AUGAAGCGCCAUUCGCCGACAGAUAACACCAAAAAUCGAGGAACGACAACGAUCCGUCAUGUGAAUGGGACCCGACCAGUUCGAAAGCCAUCCACCUUCAAGCCGAAACAAGGUUCACCGCCGAAAAAUGAAGCGUUAUACUUACCCCUGGCCAUGGUCGCCGCGAGAUUACUGGGCACGCUGGAAGGUUUGCCGGAUAUAUUCUUCGCGGCGAAGUUUGUGCGGCGGUCCGGUGGGUGGCCCGCGCCGUCAGUGGUUCCGUCCACGGAUUCAGGCAGUACUGCUUGGAGCGACAAGAAGCGCACCAAGCGAUAG